GUACAACCUGCUGCAGCCCAGCAAACUUGAGCGCAAGCUCCUUGGCGAGGAGAUCAUCGAUCGAAGAGUCAAACUCAUCCGCAAGGCCCGCGACAUAAAUCGGGACUUCGUGGAUGAGGUGAUUGAGGACCUGCCAGACAUCAUGGCUGGUCCGGAUGCUGGCAUCACACCGGCACGGCCCGUCGCAGAG